AUGUUCCCCAUCUCUUCUGUUGGUACGUGGCGUCGGGAUGAAGCCAUCACGACGUGCUUCUUACCAGCAUCGCGUGCCCAGAGCAAUGUGGCUCUAACGGGUCUUCAAGGUGCGGGAAGGGACCCAGUAGAAGAAGCUUGGUGCGUUGAGGCUCAACAUGCUUUCCACAGCACCACCAGCGGCAGUUUCGUGCCUCUCCACCAGGCCCGCUUCUCCAACGAUUGCCGAACAUGGCUCUUUGGUGUGGUGCAUUCAAGCAUACUCUGCAUGUUUGUGUCUAUCUGUUUGGGAGGCGAACGCCAUACUUCAAUGAAUCCGCGUGGUUGUUUCGAAGGCAAGGCUUACUCAGAGAUGGUCUCGCUUUCUUCAGGAGUUCAAAGCACCAACGAGCUUCAGCGGCUCAAAAAAGACGAUGCUUUCUCCAACUAUGGAGUCAGCCUCCUCGCGGGAAGGACUCCACCCACAACCUUCUGGAGCGAGAAUCGAAGCCUUCGACUUCCCACCCAGGCCACCCUCGUCCUUCAGCAGAUGCAAUGGCGGGAAGGUGAGGGGUUCUCAAGGGACCAUGCUCCACUGAGAUCUGCUUUGGUGGGAACACCCGCUGUGCUUGCGGGAGCCAUGAACGGUUGGCGUUAA